UCCAGCAGGCGGUGCAACUCCGGAGUUGGGCUGCGGGACCACUGGCCCCGACUGCUAGGCGUCCCAGCGCGCGCCCCGGCUGCUCCGCUCUCCUUAGCACCCGCUGACUCGCCGGCCAUGACAGGCGCACUGUUCAAGGCGAACUUCUGGAACCCGGAUAUCCUCAGCACCAUCGGCUACGACAGCAUCAUCCAGCACCUAAACAAUGGCCGCAAGAACUGCAAAGAGUUUGAAGACUUUUUAAAAGAAAGCACCCUGAAGCGGGCCCUUGAAGUCUUCAAGCAGCAAGUAGACAAUGUGGCACAAUGUCAUAUUCAGCUUGCACAAACUCUAAGAGAAGAGGCCAGGAAGAUAGAAGAAUUCAGGGAAAAGCAAAAGCUACAACGGAAAAAGACAGAGCUUAUCAUGGAUGCUGUCCAUAAACAAAAGAUUUUACAAUUCAAGAAAACCAUGGAUGCAAAGAAGAACUAUGAACAGAAAUGCCGAGACAAAGAUGACGCAGAGCAGGCUGUCCACCGAAGUGCCAACGUGGUAAACUCAAAGCAGCAAGAAAAGCUUUUUGUGAAACUGGCAACUUCAAAAACAGCAGCAGAGGACUCGGACAAGGCGUACAUGCUGCAAAUCAACACCCUGGAUAAGGUUCGGGAAGAGUGGCAGAGCGAGCACAUGAAGGCCUGUGAGGUGUUUGAGGCUCAAGAAUAUGAACGAAUAAACUUCUUUCGGAACGCAUUGUGGUUACACGUGAAUCAGCUGUCGAAACAAUGUGUCACAAGCGAUGACAUGUAUGAACAAGUCCGUAAGAGUUUAGAAAUGUGCAGCAUUGAGAAGGACAUUGAGUACUUCGUGAAUCACCGAAAAACUGGACAGACUCCACCAGCUCCCAUUCUGUAUGAGAAUUUUUACUGCCCCAAGAAGAGUGCAGCCCCACCCAGAAAGGCUACAGGGCCUAACUUGGCAAGGAGGGGACCUCUCCCAGCUCCUAAACGUUUACCAGAUGAUUCCGAUUAUUCUUUGGUUGAUAACUACAGUUUGAUCUUCCAGUAACAUCAAUGAAAAUGAAUCGUUUUCUGGCUGGUGCUUCGAUGGCAUGGAAAGAGGCACCUAGAAGAGCAGAAUCUGUAGAAAUUAUGUGAUUCAUGAAGACUUUCAAGUGAACGCUUGCUGUCAUUUUUUGAUAUUUUAAAUUUAUGGUAGACAUUUAGUUUAACUUAAGCUAGUUGAGUUCUGCAGUUUCUGAAACAAGUUUACAAAUUGCCCCAGACUGAAGAAUGAUUCUUUCCUAAUCAGUUACUAAAGUUGUGAAUGAACUGUGCUUUCUACUUGAUCCACGACAGUCUCUGGAUUUGGAGCCUUGACUCUUGGGAUGGGGGGGGGGCAGGGAUGGCUGCAAGGGAGCCAUCAACCCACAUAAAAAGCUCCUUUGGCUUUGGGGCGGCGUGCUAUGGAAUUUCCACAGCGACACACGCUCUCAGUGGCACAAGAUUUAAAAUUACCUGCCUUUUUGGCUGGAAUACUUCGAGGCCAUCUGAACGUACUUCCUCAUUUUACAGAUGAGGAAAUGAGGCCUAGAGGUGUGAGAUCCAUUUCCUGACUGUUGUCCCAGCUGAUUGGGUCCAGAACCAGAACUAGAGUGCGGGCUUAUUCAACACCACAGUGCUUCUAACCUUUCCUCAGGCCGUGAUGCUCAUGUUGAAGUUUCAGAUGCCCAAUGUUUUUGCUGGCAUCUACUCAAUUGGGAAAAUUACCAGGGUUUAAAUGUCAGAUUUAUUUUUAUAUGGCUCACUCUGUGUACUGAACUACUGAGCACCACAUUUAACUUAAUCUAAGCAGCAUUGAUUGUAAAAUACGCCAUUAUUUGCUAUGCCACUAGGAAAGUUGGGUGGGGGAGAGUUGACAAUUAACUUGUGACGUUAAUGGCCAUACCCAUUUAAAUUUGAGAUGCUAAAAUGUGCCAAAAAAAAAAAAGAGUACAUCCUAGGAUCAAUGAGCUAUGGUAUUUUGACUCUAUUCCUGAAGAGAAAUUUAGAGUUACAAAGCCCGCUCUCAGUCCUGGGUCUCAGAGAAUCUUACCCUUGCUAGAUCCUGGAAUCUUUAAAGUGUUGAUCUUGCCCUUUCAUAAAAAUUGGGGUCUUCCUUUUGUCACCCACAAAGAGCAGGGAGAUUAUGUACAUUUUGUACAACAAUGGCACGCUGUGAGAGAACGGUUCAUUUUAGUUAAUGGUAAGUGAAAAUAGCACUGUCACAAAAUAAAAUAAAAUAAUAAAAUAUGUGUAAAAUAAAAUAGCACUGGCAUUUAUGUUGUAAAAUUUGUUACCACAAAGAGCAGAUAUUUUCCUCUUUUGCUCUAUGCAUUAACUUUCCCAGAACUAUGGACGAAUUGAUUGAACGAAUAUGUCCCUUCUUUUAUUGUAAGGCACUACUGAAAGUGGCAGCUUCUUGUCAUGACAGGAAAAUUGCGUCAGUUGGAUAUCCUUUUGAGAAACUGAAGUUUGCAAAGGGCCAUUGACUUCCCCAAACUGAACAGGCUCAGGAAAUUUCCCUUCAAACUCAGAACAUUCUAUUUUUAAGUACUUUAUUUAUUGUCAGCAAUUCCUCAGGGAUGUCACUUUUCUCUCUGUUAGUGUGAUUGAUGUAAAAGUGUUUCAUGAAUUGAAAAUAUUUUUAUUUUAUUGCUCUUUCAGUUUGAUAUGAAAUAAAGGUUCUUGGUGAUUUGG